UGGUUACAUAUCUUGUAAUUUUUAAACUUAUCGACAUUUUUAAAGAAAAUAAUGACAAUGAAUGGAGAGGUGGAUCAAGUAAAAAGAUCGGUUUUUACAGAUCUAAAUCCUGAUGAGGCUGUCGAAGACAUCACACAGAUUGAAUCUCUGUGUGUUAAUUGUGGGGAAAAUGGUAUUACAAAAAUGCUUCUGACCAAAAUUCCGUUUUAUAAGGAAGUUGUGAUUAUGUCAUUUGAUUGUUCAGAAUGUGGUUAUAAUAAUAAUGAAAUACAAUCUGCGGGAAGAGUUGAAGAGAAGGGUGUUCGUAUAACUCUAAGCGUUGAAAAUGCUGAAGAUUUGAAUCGUCAAGUAGUGAAAUCAGACUAUACCGCUACAAAAUUACCCAUUUUGGAUUUUGAAAUUCCUUCUCAAUCACAGAAAGGAGAGGUGACUACAGUCGAAGGAAUUAUAGACCGAGCUGUAAGGGGUUUAACUCAAGAUCAGGAAAUAAGAAAAUCGUCUGAUCCAGAAACUGCUGAAAAAAUUAAGGAAUUCAUUGAAAAAUUACAAGCUUUAAAAACCCUAACACGCCCUUUUGUUAUGAUACUUGAAGAUAUAAGUGGAAAUACUUGGGUGGAAAACCUCAAAGCACCAAAACCAGACCCUAACUGUCACACAGUUCACUUUAAUCGGAGUAAAUCUGAAGACCACGCCCUUGGUUUAUACACCAGAGAAGAAAUAGGAGAGCCAGAAGGAAAUGAAGAAUCUCUUCUUCCUCCACUUGGCGAGUCUGCAGAGCCACUCGACUUAGAGGCAGAAGUACUCACAUUUCCUACCAACUGCCCAACUUGUGCAAGUCCAACCACUACCAAUAUGAAAUUGACUAAAAUCCCUUAUUUUAAAGAGGUUGUUAUAAUGGCUACAAAUUGUGACAGUUGUGGUCAUCGAACAAAUGAAAUUAAAUCGGGUGCUGGAGUCGAACCACGCGGUGUGAAAAUUGAGGUUACCGUUUCAUCUAGAGAAGACUUUUCUCGAGAUCUCCUGAAGUCUGAAACAUGCUCUGUUUUGAUCCCUGAAUUGGAGUUGGAAGCUGGACCGUUCGUUGUUGGCGGCAAGUUCACGACAGUUGAAGGACUUUUGACUGACUUAAAAACUGGUUUAGAACGUAACGUGCUUACUAGGGAUACCUUACAAGCCGAGGUAUCUGAAGCACUGACCAGACUUGCUAAAAGAUUAGACAAAGUUUUAGCAACUGAGGAAGCUGUAACCCUUGUUCUGGAUGACCCAGCAGGCAACUCCUAUAUACAGAGUCUUACAGCACCUGAUCCAGAUCCUCGGCUCAAGAUUACUCAUUAUGAAAGAAAUUAUGACCAAAAUGAAGAUCUUGGACUGAAUGACAUGAAAACAAAAGAUUAUGAAUGAACAUUCUCAAUUAAUAAAGUUAGCUUCUGUGAUAAGUUAUUUUGGCAAAAAAUUUAUUAAAGGAG